AUGGCCACAGAAAGCUUCGGAUUCCAGGCUGAGAUCAGCCAGCUCCUGGACUUGAUCAUUAACACCUUCUACUCGAACAAGGAGAUCUUCCUACGAGAAUUGAUCUCCAACGGCUCUGAUGCCCUCGACAAAAUCCGCUACGCCUCCCUUACAGACCCCUCUCAGCUCGAUACCGAGAAGGAUCUCUUCAUCCGUAUCACCCCCGACAAGGAGAACAAGAUCCUCACCAUCCGCGAUACCGGUAUCGGUAUGACCAAGGCUGACAUGGUCAACAACCUCGGUACAAUUGCCAAGUCUGGCACAAAGGGCUUCAUGGAGGCUUUGAGCUCCGGUGCCGAUAUCUCCAUGAUUGGACAGUUCGGUGUCGGAUUCUAUUCCGCUUACCUCGUUGCUGAGCGCGUCCAGGUUGUCUCCAAGCACAACGAUGACGAGCAAUACAUCUGGGAGUCUGCCGCCGGCGGAACCUUCACCAUCACCCCCGACACCGUCAACCCUCCUCUUGGACGUGGUACCGAAAUCAGACUCUUCCUCAAGGAGGACCAGCUUGAAUACCUCGAGGAGAAGAAGAUCAAGGAGAUCGUCAAGAAGCACUCUGAAUUCAUCUCCUACCCUAUUCAGCUCACUGUGACCAAGGAGGUUGAGAAGGAAGUUGAAGACGACGAAGAGGAAGUCAAGGAGGGCGAGGAGCCCAAGAUCCAGGAAGUCGACGAGGACGAGGACAAGAAGAAGAAGACCAAAAAGGUCAAGGAGACUGAGACCUCCAACGAGGAGCUCAACAAGACCAAGCCCAUCUGGACUCGCAACCCUUCUGACAUCACUCCCGAUGAAUACUCUUCCUUCUACAAGAGCUUGACCAACGACUGGGAAGACCAUCUCGCCGUCAAGCACUUCUCCGUCGAGGGUCAGCUUGAGUUCAAGGCUAUCCUCUUCAUCCCCAAGCGUGCUCCCUUCGAUCUCUUCGAGUCCAAGAAGAAGCGCAACAACAUCAAGCUCUAUGUCCGCCGUGUCUUCAUCAUGGACGACUGUGAGGACCUCAUCCCCGAAUACCUCAACUUCGUCAAGGGUAUCGUCGACUCUGAGGAUCUCCCCCUCAACAUCUCCCGUGAGACUCUCCAGCAAAACAAGAUCCUCAAGGUCAUCCGCAAGAACCUCGUCAAGAAGUCCCUCGACCUCAUCAGUGAAAUCGCUGAGGACAAGGACAACUUUGCCAAGUUCUAUGAGGCUUUCGGCAAGAACAUCAAGCUCGGUGUCCACGAGGAUGCCCAAAACCGCAGCAAGCUCGCAGAGUUCCUCCGCUUCUUCUCUACCAAGUCCACUGAGGAGCAGACUUCGCUCAAGGACUACAUCACUCGCAUGCCCGAGGUCCAGAAGAACAUCUACUACCUCACUGGCGAGUCUCUUGCUGCUACCCGCGACUCUCCCUUCCUUGAGGUCCUCAAGAAGAAGGGCUUCGAAGUCCUCCUGCUCGUCGACCCUAUCGAUGAAUACGCCAUCACCCAACUCAAGGAGUUCGACGGCAAGAAGCUUAUCUGUGUCUCCAAGGAAGGUCUCGAGCUCGAGGAAACCGAGGAGGAGAAGAAGGCUCGUGAGACCGAGGCCGCUGACUUUGCUGAGCUCUGCUCCACCGUCAAGGAUGCUCUCGGUGACAAGGUCGAGAAGGUCGUUGUCUCCAACAGGAUCACCGAUUCUCCUUGUGUCCUCGUCACUGGUCAAUUCGGUUGGUCGUCCAACAUGGAGCGCAUCAUGAAGGCCCAGGCUCUCCGUGACUCUUCCAUGUCAUCUUACAUGGCCUCCAAGAAGACCCUCGAGCUCAACCCCACCAAUGCCAUCGUCAAGGAGCUCAAGCGCAAGGUCAAGGAGGACAAGGCUGACAAGUCUGUCCGUGACUUGACCUACCUCCUCUUCGAGACUGCCCUCCUCACCUCUGGAUUCACUCUCGAUGAGCCCACAUCGUUCGCCAAGCGCAUCUACAGGAUGAUCGCUCUCGGUCUUGACGUCGACGAUGAGGAGGAGGCUCCUGCUGCUUCCACAGAGGCCCCUGCUCCUUCGGAGCCUGCCUCUACCUCGGCCAUGGAGGAGAUUGACUAG